UGUGCCGCCAGCUUUGGUGCUGGUUUGUCAUAUUUUAUGCACACAAACUGUUUCUUCGUACAUAGAAACAUUGAGUUGGAUAUAUUUCGUAGCUCACUUUUUUUUUGGAACGUCUUCCACGAUUAACCCGGCAAACGCGCAAGCUCCCGUUCAAAAUAUUUGCAGUAAUUUAUAUUUUCGAUCAAAUUUCAUACAUUCAAUCCAACACCCGGAAAUGCCAAACUGUCAGCUAGAGGAUGAAACCAAUGCGGCGUUACCUCGCCGGUGUAUCAGUUAUGUGGCGAUGAUGGCACUGGAUGAGAUGCGCUUGAGCAAUACGCUUUGUGACGCCACGAUCACCCAAGAUGAUUACACCUUUCCCGUGCACCGUGCCAUUCUUGGUUCCUGCAGCGACUACUUCCGGACGCUGUUUACAACGUCGUUACCCAGCGAAAAGGAUCAAAUUUCGAUCGUUGGAAUCCGAGGGCUGAUCAUGGAGCGAAUCAUUAAGUACGCGUACCUGCGGAAGCUGGAAAUUUCGGAGGAGGACAUGUUCGAAAUGUACGCGGCAUCGGAUUUCCUGGGGAUGACCAGUUUGCAGGGCCGAUGUAUCCAGUACAUCAAAAGCGUUCUGCGGACGGACAAUUGCGUAAAAGUGAUGCUGUAUGGACGGCAGCGACACUGCACUGCGUUAUAUGAAUUUUCGCGUAAUUACGUACUCAAGAAUUUCGUCGAAGUGGCUAGGAUGUGUACGGAUCUUAUGAAGGUGAACUUGGACGACAUCUACGAAUUGUUGAGCGAUGAGCUCCUGAAUGUCAAAGAUGAAGAACCUGUGUGGGAAUGCUGCGUCCGAUGGAUAGACGCUGAUGCAGUAAACCGAAGCAAGCACAUAGCAAAGUUGAUGAAAUCGGUGCGUUUGGGGUUGUUGAAGACACAGUAUUUCCUGGAGAAAGUCAAGGAACAUCCGUUUGUGCUGGGUAACGAAGAAACUAAACCAAUUAUCAUUGACACGUUGACAUUUUUGUACGAUCUGGACAUGGUGAAUUCCAAGCAUACUAAGAUCAAAACCCCUGCCCUGGCAAUGCCGAGGCUUCCUUAUGACAUCAUUUUCACUUUCGGCGGUUGGAGCGAAGGUCUUCCCCAAUCGACUAUUGAAACAUACGACACACGAGCAGAUCGAUGGCUUAAGGUAGAUGCAGGUAAUCGAAUAGAGGCUCGAGCAUACUAUGGAGCUGCCGUCGUGAAUAACACUGUGUACUGCAUCGGAGGAUACGACGGAGUGGAGCACUUCAACACUUGUCGGAAGUUUGAUGCGGUUGCUAAAGUUUGGUCUGAUAUUGCCCCUAUGCAUCAUCGACGGUGUUAUGUCAGUGUGGUGGAGUUGUCUGGAAUAAUUUAUGCAAUGGGAGGCUACGAUGGUCACAACCGACAGAAUACAGCCGAGUGCUACAAUCCUCGAACGAAUCAGUGGUCCAUGAUAGCUCCGAUGCAUCAACAACGGUCGGAUGCAGACGCAUGCACUUUGGACGACAAGAUCUACAUACUCGGAGGAUUCAAUGGUCAAGAAUGUAUGAAUUCGGCCGAAGUUUACGACCCCAAAGAAAAUACAUGGACCGUGCUGCCUAAUAUGACAAACAGAAGGUCCGGGGUUUCCUGUAUUUCUCAUCGAGGUGUGGUGCAUGCGGUUGGCGGUUUCAACGGCCUUAUUCGAAUGAAUAGCUGUGAGCGAUUCGAUCCGAUUACUAGGCGGUGGCAAAAUUUUAAAGAAAUGUACUACCAACGUAGCAAUUUCGGACUAGAAGUAAUCGACGAUAUGAUUUUCGCCAUCGGAGGAUACGAUGGGGUCAGUGCGAUACCUCACACGGAGUGCUACGUCACCGAAUCGAACGAAUGGUUGGAGGCUUCGGAUCUCAACCAGAUGCGCUCAGCUUUCAAAGCAGUUAUCAUAUCUGGUUUGCCCAACGUUCGUGAUUACAUUCUCAAAGAUCGAGAAAAUUUGAUGGCCGAAAGACAACAGAAACUGUUCAAUGCAGAGAUAGAAAAUUUAGAUGAUGAAGUGGAUUCCACCAGUACCAUAAACGACGUUGAGUGACAAAAGCUGAAUGAAGGGUGUACAAAAUUGUUAAUGUUUAUCAACCAAAUUUAUAAACGUGUAAAAUUAAAAGGCUGAUGGUUUUCAGUCUCAGCGACAUA